AUGUUGCCGUACAAUGGACUCAACAGCUACCAGCUUCCGUCGCCGGAGAUUGAAAUUCCAGCGAAGUGGACGCUUUCGUACGGUCAUGAGGAGACUGCUCCUCCUUGUCCUCGUUGUGCAUCUUCCAACACCAAGUUUUGUUAUUACAACAACUACAGCUUGUCUCAGCCUAGGUACUUCUGCAAAGGUUGCCGUCGUUACUGGACUAAAGGCGGUUCUCUCCGCAACAUUCCCGUCGGUGGAGGCUGUCGCAAGAGAAGCCGGAGCAGACAGAACAGUCAGAAAAGGUUUGGUCGGAACGAGAAUCGGCCUGAUGAUGGUCUUAUAAACCAAGAUGAUGGAUCCCAGUCCAGCCCUGCUGGUUCUGAUAUUGAUUUGGCUGCGGUUUUCGCACAGUACGUGACUGAUCGGAGCCCUUCAAGUACAGAUAAUACUACCGGAUCCGAUCAAGAUUCACCGGUAACAACAACCACUCAUGCUUUAGAUUCCUUGAAUUGGGAUAUCUGCCAAGAAACCGAUGCGAAUCUUGGAUUCUACGGGGAAUUCAAUCAUCUAAGUCAGAAGAUAGAAGAUGAUCAACGAGGUUUUGGUCAGUUUCUCCAAGAAGAUCGAGAGGAGAUCUUCGAGUUCCAGGGUUUACUCGAUGACAAAGAGAUUCAAGAAAUCCUGGAGUGCUCAUUCUCAGAGGAGCCAGACCAGUUAAUUUCUCAGGGGAGCUUCAUGAUCAAUGGUGAUAACUGGAGUUCAACAGAUCUUACCAGGUUCGGGGUUUGA